CCGACAUGCAGAAGGAACCAGGUGCAAAAAAAUGAGCACUGCAGGGAGCUCAACAGUUGGCUAUUGGAGAGAAGGGGGCAGUGGCAUUGAGAGACCUCCAGACCAGGCAUGGCCCUGAGUCCAGGGGCUAGUCUGGUCCUCUGUGAAGACUCAAAGAUGAUACCCAGUCUCAACUCCUCUGGGGCCCCAGAUUUAGACUCUGGCGCCAUCUCUGGGCCCAACCCAGAUAUGGACAUUGUUUCCAUCUUGCAUCUACCCCUGAGUCCUGGCUCAGCUCUUGUUCCAGACCUUAAUCCAACGCUGAACCUUGUCUCAGAGGAGGUCCCUACCGGAGCAUCUGAUAACACCCCCAGAUCUGAGGACAGCAGGGCCAUGGCUCCCGCCUGCCUCCACACCGCCGCUUCCCACGCUGCUGAAACCCCGGGCCUGGAGUCGAAUCCCAUCUCAGGGCCUAACUCACAGGGGCCCGGAUGUCCAACCUCAAACCUUCUUCUGAGCCCUGGCCCGAUGGAGCCCCAGGGUCUGAGCUCUGGGAACCACUCUGGGCCGAAUUCCGAGGAGGUCUUCAACUCCCUCUCAAGCAAGAUUUCCGAUUUGGGUCAGAGUAACUCCAAUCCUUCCAGGCCUGAGUCAAACCCAUUCGUAAGCCCCUAUGCAAGAGAAGCCCUGGUUCUAGGCCACUGCAUCUCCACGCCGAGCUCAAAAGCGCUCCUUAUUCCAGCCUCAAACUCUUCUCCAGAUCCCAGCUCUAAUCAGCUGCUCCGCGUGGGCUCGGGAAACACCUCCGAGCUGGACCUGAAUGCAGCUCCAGGGUCAUGCACGACCUCAAUCCCAGACACCAGCAAGACCAUCACUCUGAUUUCACGUAACAUCUCUGGGUCUGUUUCGAAAGGAGCCUUGAGUGAGACCUGGAACACGAGUUCCCAGGGAGCCAUCAAUGUGGCUUCAAAUGGCAAUCCCAGGUCUGAUUUGAACUUGACUGUCACUCAGGCCUCCUGCUUCACCCUGAUUCCUGGCUCCAGUGACAGUGUCAGCCUGCACUCCAGCACCCAUGGACCCAACCCCACUCUGUCUCCACCCUCCUGCAUGACCCUGAUCCUGGGCUCCAAUGAGACCUUGAGCCUUGGCUCCAGCCUCAUCUUCAGCGACACCUCCACCCUGACGCUGAGCAGCCAGCAGGAUUAUUCCGAGGACAACAGCAUCCACACCAUGCCCCUGGAGGACAGUCUCGGGGGCUGGAGCAAGACGGCUGGUGUCGAGCCGGGCCGUUUCCCGCUGGGAUUCUCUGCCUGCGACACCAUGGACAAGGACACCAUGGCCUUCCAAAGCAUCCCUGAGGGAGCCUUCGAUGAAGUGGCCUCAUGCCUGGUGAAGGUGCCAGGGAAGAGAGAGGAAGGCAACAGAACGGCUCCGGUCGAGAAUGUCAUCACCGUGCAGAAGAGCCGGGAUACGCUGGAAGUGGAAGGAGAGAAGAAGAGCAUGAUGAAGAAGAUGAUGAGGCAGAUCCAGGAGGAGCCGCUGGAUUCCCUCUCGAGCUCCGUCCGCCAGCAGGCCAUGGAGACCCUGACCCAGCUGAGUCACACGCGGCCUGUCCUGGGUGUGCGGGAAAGAUCAGAGCUGGUGAACACGUGUGUGAAGAGUGUGUUCUCCCUGCCGUCUGUGCAGGCCAUGCAGGAGAAAGACGAGGCCAAGGCUGAGGCCAUACAGAUGCUUUACCGUCAGACCUUGGAUGCCCUGCAGACACUGCUCAACGCCCUCUUUGUUGAGGACCCCACUCCUGCUGGGCUGAAAAGCAUUUUGGAGCCCCUGGGGCCCUGGAUGAACUCUGGGAAGGCCCAUGAGCGAGCACGGGCUGUGAACAGCAAUGUCUCUGUGUUGAACCACACGCUUCUGACCCUGCCUUUCUUUAUGUCCUCUGGGUUCCCGGCACUGGGGCUUCUGCUGGGGAGGCUCAUCCUUCGCAUUGGGGAUCCUGAUGAGGAGAUUGGCCGGGAGGCCCUGGACGGCAUCACCAUCCUCUACACCAUCCUGGAGCUCCAAAAACGAGCCAGAGAUAAGGAAGAAACUAACAAGAAGGAGCUGUAUGAGACCAACAAGCGUUUUCUGGGGCCCUACAACCCUGUCAGCCCAUGCCAGAACAUUCUGCGUGUGAUCGCGGAAUUUGGAGACUUCCUGGGGCCCCAGCAGGUCAAGGAUCUGCUGCUGGCAGCCCUGGAAGGGCUGAAAGGUGGCUCGGAGGAGGCUCGGGGGAAGGACUCGGGGGAGAUGAUGCAGCUGGCCUCAGAGGUCACGCUCAGCUCGGUGCUGGAGUGGUACCGCCACAGGGCGCUGGAGGUGAUCCCAGAGAUCAUGCAGGCCAUCUACGUGCAGCUGAGCCAUAUCCAGGAGCCACGGGCCCGUGAGGUGGCCCUGCUGCCCAUCUCUCUCCUGGCCAGCUCCUUCAUGACUGAGGUCGUCGUGGCCCUGCUCAUGUGUCCCCUCCCACUGGACAGCAAUGGAGCAGAGAUGUGGAGGCAGCUGAUCCUGCGCAAACCCAGCUGUGAUGUCCGCGACCUCCUGGACCUGCUCCUGACCAGCCUGAAGGAGAAGCCUGUCACCAAGAAGGGCCGGGCCUCCAUUGUGCCCCUGGCGGCAGCCAGCGGCCUGUGUGAGCUCCUGUCCGUCAACAGCUGCGUGGGCCGCGUGAGGCGCAUCUACCCGCAGCUGCUCCUGGCCCUGCUCAUUCAGGUCCAUUACCACAUCGGCCUCAACCUGCCCGGCCACGUGGCUUCCCGCAAGGACGCCAAGAAGGACGCACAGCCCUCUAUCUUCGUGCCUGUGCGCUGGGUAGUCAAAGUGGUGAAAACCCUGCUGCUGAAGAUGGGCUGCUCGUAUGAGGCCACCUUCCUGGAGGACCAGGGCGGCUGGGAGCUCAUGGUGCAGGCAGAGAACCACCACCGCGGAGUGUCCCUGCUGGCAAGGGCCAUGGUGCACUACUCCUGCCAGGAGCUGUGUCGCAUCCUCUACCUGCUCAUCCCGCUCCUGGAGCGAGGCGACGAGAAGCACAAGAUCACCGCCACUGCCUUCUUCGUGGAGCUCCUCCAGAUGGAGCAGGUGCGGCGGAUCCCUGAGGAGUACUCUCUGGGGCGGAUGGCAGAAGGCCUGAGCCACCAGGACCCCAUCAUGAAGGUGCUGUCCAUCCGAGGCCUGGUCAUCCUGGCCCGCAGGUCUGAGAAGGCUGCCAAGGUGCAGGCCCUCCUGCCCGCCAUGGUGAAGGGCCUGAAGAGCAUGGAGGGGCUGCUGGUGGUGGAGGCAGUCCACAACCUCAAGACCAUCCUCAAGGCGCAGGACCGGAAGCUGAUGGACAGCUCGGUCUAUGUGGAGAUGCUGCAGGUCCUGCUGCCACACUUCAGUGAUUCGCGAGAGGAGGUGCGCUCCUCCUGCAUCAGCCUGUACGGCAAGAUGAUCCAGAAGCUGCGGUCGCCUCGCACCCCGGCCUUGGAGGAGCAGCUGAUCAGCACCUUGGUGCCCCUGCUGCUGACCAUGCAAGAGGGCAACACCAAGGUGGCCCAGAAAUGUGUGAAGACCCUGUUCCGCUGUUCUUGCUUCAUGGCUUGGGAAUUGCCAAAAAGAGCUUAUAACCAGAAGCCCUGGGACAGCCAGCAGCAGACGGUGGCCAAAAUUUGCAAGUACCUUGUGAGUACCCACCGAGACAGCGCCUUCAUGUUCCUCAGCCAGAGCCUGGAGUAUGCCAGGAGCCCCCGGGCCUCCCUGCGGAAGUCCUCCAUCAUGUUCAUAGGGUCGCUGGUCCCCUGCAUGGAGAGCUUAAUGACGGAAGAUCGUCUGAACGAAGUUAAAGCCACUCUGGAAAACCUGAGACACGAUCCAGAAGCAUCAGUUUGCAUCUAUGCGGCCCAGGCCCAGGCCCAGAUCCUGGCCAGCUGCUGGAGGAACUCCUGGCCACUGCCGCACGGGGACACGUGGGUGUGUGACCCGGCCACCACCCACCGCUGGAGCCCUAGCUGUGAGAACCUGCCCACUUCCCACCAGCGGCGCUCCUGGAUCAUGCAGGCACUGGGCUCCUGGAAGAUAUCCUUGAAGCAGUGA